CCCACAUCCAUCUCUCCGCUUGAGGGUUCCUAAGAACAAGGGUAUAAGAGGGGGUCGAUGUGAAAGCAUUUUUUCCUGAUAAAACCUCAGGUUACUGGUUUCUCCACUGUAGCGUUCCGUUGGAGUGUCUCGUGUGUGAGAGGAGAUUUCGUCUUCACAGAGUGUGUUUGAGAGGGAGAAGAUUUCUCUGAUUUUGUCAGUCGACAUGAUUCAUCGGGACAGAAGGCUGGCCAUGACUCUUCUCCUCUUCUCAUUCAUCUCUUUCUCCACUCAGAAAACCUCUGUCUCCUGGUGUGUAGUGUCGGAGGCAGAGGAGCAGAAGUGUCUGGACCUGGCUGGGAGUGCUAAAGCCCGGAAUAUCAGAGGAACGCUGCUGUGUGUCCGUGGCCAGAGUCCCACAGACUGCAUGGAGAAGAUCAAGAAUGGUACAGCGGAUGCAGCAUCCAUGUUUGCUGAUGACAUAUACACAGCUGGCUGGUGCUUUGGACUAGAACUGGCUGCUGGAGAGUCUUACAACGGAGUGGAUGGCAUCAGCUACUAUGUUGUAGCUCUGGCUCGUCGCUCCUCCAGUGACCUGUCCCUGUUGGAGAUGCAUGAACGCAGCUCCUGUCACCCAGGGAUCCGUACCACGGUGGGCUGGACUGUUCCUAUUGGCUUCCUGGUCAACACCUCACAGAUCAGUGUUGAUGAACAAUGCAACUUUCCUAAAGCGGUGGGGGACUUCUUUGGCUACAGCUGUGUACCAGGAGUAAAGGACAGAGAACACGACCCCAGAGGAAACAACCCUAAGAACCUGUGUGAAGCCUGCAUAGGAGACGACAACGAGAGACAUAUAUGUGUUAACAACCACCGAGAGAGACACUAUGGAGAGGCUGGGGCACUGAGGUGUGUGGCUGAGAAUUUGGGCGAUGUGGCAUUUGUCAAACACACCACCAUUUCUGACAACAUGUAUGGCAACAAUAUGGAAUCAUGGGCCAUGGACCUGGAACUGGAGGACCUGAAGCUGCUGUGCCCGGAUGGCAGGGAGGCCGGGCCGUUUGACCAUGAGACGUGUCACCUGGCUGUGGUACCAGCUAACGCUGUGGUGGUACGCCUAGAGGACAAGUGUAGAGUCUGGAAAUACCUGGAACGUCUACAGAAUGUGUUAGGGAACACCACCAUGUUCAGCUCAGUAGGCUACACCCAAUCAGAUCUCCUGUUUUCUGACUCCACCCACCACCUGCUCAGGGUUGUGGGUCGUUACACUUCCUGGUUGGGUCCUACAUACACCACGGUCCUGCAGGCCUUCGAGUGUGAAAGUUUGUGCUGAUCCUUCUAGAAAGAAAUCAACCAGCAUCCUCUCCAUCUCUCCCCUCACUAUCUCUCCACAUCUUUCUUUCCCUCCCUCUAUAUCUUAUCCCCCCUCCCUCCAUGCCCACUUCCUCCCUCCAUGCCC